GAAUGUUCCGGCCAGUGUCCACUCUUCUACUGCUGUUGGUCGUUUGCUCGGCCAUAGGAAAACCUUUUCCAGAAAUACCGGAUUUAGAAAAUGUCGGAGAAAAUCUUACGACCCCAAAGUCAUCUGACGAUUCUUCCGAAAUAUUCGAUGCAGCGUCGGUUUUGGAUGUUCCAGAGGAAACCCGGUCCCUGCCAACCCAAGAUGAUGAUUGGCUAUUUGAAGAUGCUAGUGCCCCAAAGCUGAAAGUUGAACGCACCGUCUACUCAGCGCUACUGUACCAAGAGGAUUCAUUCGGUUUGGAAUUUCUGUGCCCCGGCUUCUGGUUACGCAAGGAUGUGGUGCUCAUCCGGCGAGACUGUUGGGCGAACGAUGUGAACAUGAAAACCGACGGGUCAGUGUUGCAUAUUUUUACGAACGACGAGUAUCCCUUCAAAAUUUUACAUUUGAAACCGAAACGCUGGGAAUCGGAAAUGGUGCUCCAUCUAGCUAAUAUCGAAGACAUACAUAUGGCAAUGGACAUGAUGUCGUUCGAAAACUGUUUGUUGUUCGCGCUGCGAGAAGACUGCACACUGCUCGAGCGCUUUUUGUGGCAUAGCCGACCUGUACCAUUCAAGAGAGAGAAGAGCUCUUGCCAGGAUGGACACAUCUGUCUAAGGACACGUGUUCCACCUGCCGGCGAGCGUGAUUACGCUUUGGUUUGCGGAGAUUCGCUGGUUGGAGUGCAAGCGCCAACGCAAAACGGGUGUGAUCGAUCAUUUGGAAGACUUUCGCUCUUGGAUAUUUCGCUCAUCAAGGACUGGGUGGAUCACGUGUUGCAAUUGCCAGUGGAAGAACCGGAGCACCAUUGCGGUAGUGGAGAGGGUGAAGACUACCUGCUUGAUCGGUUCCCUUCUUCAGAAGCUUUAUCUAGUUCCGAAUAUUAAUCCGCCAAAUCCGGAGUCUAGCACGCUAAAACCGUGCUUUACGAGGACUACAGCCAGCCAGCAGAACGGUCCAGCAGUUUGCUACUAAAAAUGCAACACCAACCACACCGGUGGCUCUUCAAAUUCCCAACAAACGCCAUUCUGAUCGAUGACGGUGGUCCCCAAAUUCCGGCGUGUUCCCCCUCCUGAUCGACAUUAUCGUCAGCGUCCGACACUCUCGCGCUGCUUCAGCGCCGGACCAUAUGGACGCUCGACGAUUUAAUUUGUCGUUUCCAUAUAUUUAUUCCACCAUCCCGGAUUCUCUAACAGGUCGUUGGGUUUUAUGAAUGAUCAUGGAGCGCAGUUCUCCGGCAUCGGUCCGGUGGUGGUUCGAUCCUAUAG